AUUGAGAACUAGGCUUAGUACCACAAGGUUUUCUUCUCUAAAGUUGAGAGUUUAGUAUUAUUUUAUUCUCCGUUGAGAAUAAAAUAAGUUUUUUUUAUUUUCCUACCGUUACGCUGUCGGAAUCCGUACUCGAGAUUUCUUUUUAAUUCAGAUAAAAAUUGUACGAGUUGAAGAAAAGAGCGAAAACGGACCAAAAAGGAGCAAAAACCGGACAAAAAGGCCACACACGUGCAGCCAAUUGAGCCACACAUGUGCAGCCCACACAAAAGCAAAGAAGUGGCGCCUGCCACCAAGGAAAAAUGGCAACUGCCAGCUCCUCCAAAGUGGCGCCCACCAGCCAACCAAAAGUGGCAACCGCCACAUGCACACAAGGUGGCACCCGCCACAUUCCUUUUUCAUCAUGGCCACACGUUUCAUCAAACGGUCACGCGCUAUUUUUCCUUAAGUCCCACAUCGGCCAAAUUGAUGUUUUGUCUCUUGUGAAAUUAGUAUAAAUAGGCCCCUUUUCUCCACUUUCUAGACACACAACUUUGUAACAAUUAACUUGUAAAACGAGAAUAUAACUCGUAUAGUUAGUUGGAAAGAAUUCUUAAGCCUUUGCGGGAAUUCUUUCUAAAGUUGAAUAUUAUUUUCUUUUGUGCCGACGUUAUUCCUUGGAGCUUUUGUCCAGGUUUUUAUUUUAUUUUCUUUCUUUUAUUUUUCUUUAUUGUUUUUAUUUAUUUAUGCUUUAUUUAUUUAUUUGCUUUAUGUUUUUAUUUCCCGCUUAUUUAUUUAUUUCGUCUUUAGUUUUAGUUAUGUCUAGCUAAUUUAAUAUUGCUAGGAUGUGUGAUUAGUAGCUAGUAGGGUUUCGAUAGUUAGUUCGCGCGCUAGUUUCUUUUAAGUUUUCUUUAAGCAGUUUUUAUUUUUAAAUGACUAUAAUUUGUCACGAGAGUGAGAAUUAAUUAAAGUAGGAUCAACAUAGAACGCCACUUGAGAUUUCUACUAGAUAGUAAAAACUGAACAUUGAUUCUAAUUCGGAAGAACGCCCACUUAGGAUUAGAGUCGAUAAUUAUUUCUAAUUCGGAAGAACGCCCACUUAGGAUUAGAAGUAAUUUAAUUAUAUUUGGUUUUCAAAAAGUACUUUAUUAGCGGAUGUGAGACGAGAGUUUAGCAUCACCUUUAUAAUCUACAACAUUAGUCAAGAUUCGCGAUAGCUGAGAUUAGUGUUUUUAAACCAAUAUAAUUCGAAAACUUAAUUGUUUACACCACUAAAUAUCUAGAAGCAACGCAACUACUUUGUAAAGUAUUUUAUUAAUUUCAUGAUGAGAGUUGUGAGAGCUGGAAGUGAGAACGGCUUUCGCCUGGAGCAUCGACUUUAUUAAAAUACGACAACUAGGUGGUGUAGUAAUUUUACUUAGCACGAAAACUACUUUGAUAAGUAUUUUAUAAUUUCAUGAUGAGAGUUGUGAAAGCUGGAAGUGAGAACGGCUUUCGCCUGGAGCAUCGCUUUUAUUAAAAUACGACAAUUAGAUGCGGUAGUAAUUUUACUUAGCGCGAAUUAAAUAUCGAACCCUGUGAAGCAACUAAGAGCUCAUCCUAGCAAUACGCUUUAUUAUUCUAAAAACCCAAAAAAAUAUUUUCUUUUUGUUUUAUUUAAAAAUUCUACUACUAUUUACUAUUUAGCCUUAGAUUUACAACGUAACAUUAGAUAACGGUAGGUCGACUAUUGGUCUCUGUGGGAUCGAUAAUCUUUUAAAACUACACGCGGCAAGGCUGUAUACUUGCAGCGCAUCAAGUUUUUGGCGCCGUUGCCGGGGACCAAUUUAGUCGAUAUCGUAACUCCAGUGUUACACCGUAGAGACUAAGGCAAUUUUUUUCUUUUUGUUUUAUGCCCAAUACUCGCUCACGAGGCGAGAUAAUUGAGCAACCCUUUGACGAACCCGAGCGUCUUCUUAACGAACGACGCCGAAAUUUAAGUACUCAACCCGAGAAUAUCGAAACCGAAAUUCUCACUCUUGAAGUAACCGAAGAAAUCAUUAACGAAAUAGUUGACGAACCAGUCAUGGCUGAAAAUCGUCCACUUAGAUCUUACGCUAUUCCUUCGCAAGAAGAACCGCAUAAUAGCAUCGCUGCCCCCGCUAUUGAAGCAAACAAUUUCGAGCUUAAACCUUCAUUGUUGGCUAUAGUACAACAAAACCAAUUCUCCGGAAAUCCCGCGGACGACCCUAAUCUACAUUUGUCCAUAUUCUUGCAAUAUGCCGAUACUAUCAAAGCUAAUGGUGUCAGUCCCGAAGCUAUAAGACUUCGUUUAUUCCCAUUCUCAUUAAGGGAUAAAGCUAGAGCCUGGCUCCAGUCCCUACCAUCCAACUCCGUCGCAACAUGGGACGAGUUGAAGAAAGUCUUUUUAGCAAGAUAUUUCCCGCCUAGCAAAACUGCUAUGCUAAGAGCCCAAAUCAAUGGAUUUAGACAAAGGGACAACGAGUCUCUUUUCGAAGCUUGGGAAAGAUAUAAAGAAAUGAUUAGGAUAUGUCCUCAUCAUGGGCUCGAAAAUUGGCUAAUUAUCCACACCUUUUACAAUGGUCUCUUGUAUAAUACAAGAAUGACAAUAGACGCCGCAGCUGGUGGCGCACUUAUGGAUAAACCAUACAACCAAGCCUAUCAGCUUAUCGAGAGCAUGGCUCAGAACCAUUAUCAGUGGGGAAACGAGAGAACAACAGUAGAGAAACCUCAAACGAAAGGUGGAAUGUACGAAAUCAGCAACAUGGACCACAUCAACGCCAAGUUAGAUGCCUUAACUCAAAAGAUAGAGAGUCUAACCAACGCACCCAAAGCCACCAUGGCUGCAACAAUACAAAAUUGUGAGUUGUGCGGAGCUCAAGGUCACGCUAUCGCUGAAUGUCGACUUCUAACCGAAGCUCCCACCGACCAAGUGAAUUACACUCAAGGGAAUUCUUACAACCAAAACCAGAGAAAUCACCCGUACCUUUCGUACAAUAGCAACAACGCUUUAUAUGCACCUGGCCAAGCACCUACUCCUUCGCCACCAGGAUUCCAAAAACCUGCUCAAAAUGCUCCUAUGAAGUCAAACCUUGAAUUGAUGAUAGAGAACUUCAUAGCCAUACAAACUCAAACUAACAAGGAAGUCCUAAAUCAAAACAUACACACUAAUGAGCAAAUUAAGCAAUUAACAAGCAGGUUAGAUGUCUUGACCACUCACACUAGGAUGCUAGAAACUCAAAUAGCACAAGUAGCACAAAAACAAGCAUCAACUGCUGCUCCCGCAGGCAUUUUUCCAGGCCAACCUGAGCCAAACCCAAGGGGACAUGUUAAUGCUAUUAUAUUAAGAAGUGGGAACCGAUACGAAGGACCAGCCGACCCUAGAACCAAUACUCCAACCAUACACCAAGACUCAGAUGAGGUAACCAAGGGAGAGAGUGAACAAAACAUAAAAGAUAAAGAAAAUAGUGGGGAGGAAAUCAUAGAAAAGAAGAAACCUUAUAUACCCCCACCACCAUAUCAACCACCCAUCCCGUAUCCUCAAAGAUUUGAGAAAUCCAAAAGCGAGGGACAGUUUAGGAAAUUUGUAGAACUUCUAAAAAAAUUGAACAUCACAAUACCUUUUACGGAAGCCAUUACCCAAAUGCCCUCAUACGCUAAGUUUCUCAAAGAAAUUUUAACUAAAAAGAAAAAGAUCGAGGAUGAGGAAAUCGUUAUGCUUACUGCCGAGUGUAGCGCCAUACUCCAAAAUGAUAUGCCUCAUAAGCUAAAAGACCCGGGAAGUUUUUCCAUACCCUGUGUAAUUGGAAACUAUGUAAUAGAUAGGGCCCUAUGCGAUUUAGGAGCCAGUAUCAGCUUAAUGCCUAUGUCCAUAUGCGAAAAACUUAAUUUAGGAGAAUUGAGACCAACUAAAAUGUCAAUACAAUUCGCUGACCGUUCUGUCAAAUACCCCUUAGGUAUACUAGAAAACGUGCCAGUACGUGUAGGUCAAUUCUAUAUCCCUACCGAUUUUAUAGUCAUGGACAUAAGGGAAGAUUCCAAUACACCUAUCAUUUUAGGAAGGCCAUUCUUAGCAACUGCCGGAGCCGUAAUAGACGUAAAGGAAGGAAAGCUAACGUUUGUAGUAGGUGAAGAAAAAGCCGAAUUUAUUUUAACGCAACUCAUGAAAGCACCAGCUAUAGACGAUAGUUGUUACAUGGUAGACGUCAUCCAAGAAUGUAGAAAAGAGAGUGAGAAGGAUCAAACUAAACAUUCUGAAAUUUUAAAAACUUCCACUCCUCCAACUCAUAAAAAUGGUGAUGACGACCUAGCUAAAUGUUUAGAGAUUACACAAGUUCCUAAACCUAGCCAUGUUAAACCAACUUUAAAACUAAAAACUCCAUCAAGACUCCAAAAAGGAACCCCUGUGGCUCCGAAUAAAUUAAAAGGCCCCGUUUCUAAGAAAAUACCUCCCGACAUAUUAAAAGACCACCCAGAAAAUAACAUCGCUCAAAAUAAAAUACCCCCGGGUGUCUCUAAGAAAAAGAAAGAAAAAAAGAAGAGAAGACCUAUGAAAUGGUCUGACAUUUUCAAAUGGAGACCCAAGAAUAUUGAGCAUAAUUUAAAAGAUGUGAGUCUAGAGGAGGAACCAUGUUGACCUAUAGGUCUAAAAAGUCGAGCUAACCGACGUUAAACAAAGCGCUGCAUGGGAGGCAACCCAUGAGUUUUCUUUAAUUCUUGUUUAAUUUUUGCUUUCUUUUAUUUAUUUAUUUAUUUUUUAUAACUAUCUCUGAUGAUCCUGUGACUAAUAGAGCUCCCACGCACAUUUCUCCAAAUGUUGCUGCUGGUGGGGGCGCAAGCAUUGUUCCACUUGCACACACUACACAUUUUUCUAACACUUUUGCAGGUAGUUCCUCCUCAUCCAGGCGAAGCUCCAUCAAUGAUGUACUCCAUGAGAUACACGCCCAAAACGCACUAAAUCAAGAGUGCGAUGGAUUAUUCUAUGCCAUGCAUCAACAACAAGAGGAGAUGAUGGAACAAGUGACAUCCAUGCAAGCCCAGCAAAACCAAAUUCUGCAAACCCAACAUAAGAUGCAGGGCUGUUGCCACAGGUUUUACGCUCCAAAACUACUCUUGAGUUGCAACAGUGAGGACACUGUUGGAUUUAAGUUUAGGGGAGUAUUCUACUAUCUCUAUUUACUUUUAAUUCUUAGUUAUUUGAAUUUUUAUUUCCUUUCGCAUAAUAAAAAAAAUUAAAUUUAUAGUAUCUUCUUUGGUCUUUCUAAAUUUUUCCUUUUCUUGAGCCAAAUUAAAAUUUUUUCAAAGACUUAGGCUAAUAGCUCACUUAGAAAGUAUAUAGGUUAAGAAAAGACGAGAGGCUAAGUUAAGGAAAUUAGGGAAUUUCACAACAAAAUCGGUAUUUUUCCAACACCCAGAAGUCUCCCUAGUAUAGAUAUCAAUUUGAAUAACCAUUGUGCCAAAAUCUCCUGAUUUAAAUUUGUGGAAUCCUUUAGUAGUUUAUCUAUCCAGUCGGACACCAUCUAUAAAGUCACACAUUAAGUAAGUUUGUCGAUGAAUAUAAGCGAAUCAUCUAAGCAGAUUUUUAAGGUCAUACUGUGGUAAUACGGUUAAACCUUAAAGAAAAAAUAUAUAUAAGGUCAUACUGUGGUAAUACGGUUAAACCUUGGAAAAUAUUUAUAUGAUUGCUAAUACAAAAUUUGUAUC